AUGUUGCGAAGAGUCGGGCGAGUCGCCGCCCAGACAAGAUCAGCUGUCUGGCAAACGCAAAUCGAUAAAAAUUCAGAUGUCUUCAAGGAGAACGAUGCUUCCUUGAGAGCUGAUGUUGCCAAAUUACGUGAAAGAGUUGCCGAAGUGUCCAGGGGAGGAGGUGAAAAGUAUGCCAAGCUCCAUCAAUCCAGAGGCAAACUUUUGCCUCGCGACCGCAUUCAGCGACUUAUUGAUCCAGGAUCUCCAUUUUUGGAACUCUCCCAACUCGCUGCUUACGAUUUGUACGGCGACGAAAAUGUUCCAUGUGCUGGUAUUCUUACCGGAAUUGGACGAGUGAACGGUACUGAGUGUGUUAUUGUCGCUAAUGAUGCCACCGUUAAGGGCGGCUCUUACUACCCAAUGACUGUGAAGAAGCACUUGCGUGCGCAGGAAAUCGCUCGAGAGAACAAUCUCCCAUGCAUCUAUCUCGUUGAUUCUGGUGGAGCUAACCUUCCUCGACAAGCGGAUGUCUUCCCAGAAAAGGAACAUUUUGGGCGAAUCUUCUUCAACCAGGCCAAUCUCUCCGCGGAGGGCAUUCCUCAAAUUGCCGUCGUUAUGGGAUCUUGUACCGCUGGCGGUGCUUACGUACCUGCUAUGGCCGAUGAAUCUAUCAUUGUCAAGAAUCAAGGAACUAUUUUCCUUGGUGGACCUCCACUGGUGCAGGCAGCUACAGGCGAAGUUAUUUCUGCUGAGGAACUAGGAGGUGCUGAUCUUCAUUGCGCUCAGUCUGGGGUCACAGACCAUUACGCUCUCGAUGAUGAGCAUGCUCUUGAUCUUGCGCGAAAUGUUGUCAAAAACUUGAACAGAAAGAAAACCGAGACAUCUGGACGUAUUCUCGAUAAUAAAGCGCCAAUUUACAAUCCAGAGGAGCUCUACGGUAUUGUUGGUACUAAUCUUAUGCGUCCCUAUGAUGUUCGCGAAGUGGUCGCCAGAAUGUUUGAUAACUCUGAGUUCGAUGAAUUCAAGGCGAAGUUUGGUGACACUCUUUUCUGUGGAUUUUCUACGCUUUUUGGCAAUCCUGUCGGUAUCAUUGGAAACAAUGGUGUUCUUUUCUCCGAAUCUGCAUUGAAGGGUACUCACUUUAUUGAGCUUUGUUGCCAGCGAAAUAUUCCGCUUAUCUUCCUCCAGAAUAUUACUGGCUUCAUGGUUGGUCGAGAGGCUGAAGCUGGCGGUAUUGCCAAGAAUGGAGCAAAAUUAGUCACUGCCGUAGCGUGCGCAAAGGUUCCUAAAAUUACUGUUCUGAUCGGUGGAUCUUAUGGUGCGGGUAACUACGGUAUGUGCGGACGAGCUUAUUCUCCACGAUUCCUCUUUAUGUGGCCGAAUUCAAGAAUCUCUGUCAUGGGUGGUGAACAGGCUGCGACUGUCCUUUCCACUGUAACAAAGAACAAACUCGCUCGAGCCGGUCAGGAAUUUACUCCUGAGAUGGAACAGGCUAUCAAAGAACCGAUCAUUGAAAGAUUUGAAGAAGAAGGGUCUCCUUAUUACUCGACUGCUAGAAUCUGGGAUGACGGAGUGAUUGACCCUGUUGAUACUAGGAAUGUGAUGGGUCUAGCACUUUCGGCCGCGCUCAACAAGCCCAUCGAGAAGACGCGCUUCGGUGUGUUCAGAAUGUGA